AUGAGGAGGAGCAGAUGGAGGAAUCGCAUGUUCGCGAUGCUAGCGGCAGUACAGGUGGCGACAAAUUUCGUCUUGGCGGCGUCGGUGACGGCGGAUUCUUCGGACGGUAGUAGCAGUGGGUCGGGCAGUUUAGAGGCGCUCAAGGCGCAGCGUCAGGAAUGUCUCGCGUCUCCACCGACUCAAAUCACGUUGACACAGAGCGCGUCGUCGGCCAGCGCGGCGUAUGUCAUCUACAAGGACUGCGCCAUCUUGACCAUCCGCGCAGACACGCAGAGCGACGGCACCGCGUCCAUGGACGCGUCUGGACAGAAGAUUGAGAUCGUCCAGAGCUUCCCCGAAGUCGACUCGCUGGAUCUAUCGGGUAACAAGAUCGGAGUUAUUCAACAAGCCGACAGCACAUCGAUCUCGACAUUGGAUAUCUCCGAAAACGGUAUUAAGGACAUGACCAACAUUUCGAUUCCCAGCAGUGUCACUGUCCUGAAUAUGGACGAUAAUCAGCUUACGGCGUUAUCGGAAGGCGAUAUCCCGGAAACCGUGACGUCCAUUUCGAUCCGAAACAACAGCAUCACGUCCUUGCAGAGCUUCGUCAUGAGCGACCAGGCCCAGUACAUUGACUUGAGUGACAACUCGAUGACAAAACUCUCGAGCUGGCAAAUGCCGACAAGUUUGCAGUCUUUCAGGUGUCAGGACUGCGGCAUCAAGAUCAUCGCCGGUGUGGUCUUUCCGACUGCCAUGUCAACUUUCGAUCUCACAGGCAGCAACGUGGAAACAUUCGAGGUUGCCAACUCCAGCGUCGCGGCUCUCGAGGCAGUGGACGACCUCGUAGUCACGACAAUUGGAGCCAACUGCAGUGACAGCCAAGCCACAUCGCUAGUGGCUCGUUCGAUGAAUCUGUGCGUGCUUCCAGACGGAUAUUUCGACGCCAAGUACCUUGUAGGCGGGUCAGACUCCUCGACUGCUGGUAGUGGGCCCAACCCUGCUGUUGGGGGUGAAGGAGGAGGCGGUGGUGGUCUCAGUAAUUGGAUGAUGCUGGCUAUGAUCUGCCUUGGAGCCAUGAUGGCCUGUAUCCUCGGUGGUGUGGUGUUCGUCAUCUUCCGGCGUAGACAAAAAGUUCGGGAUGAAGAGCUGAAAGAAGCCGAAAACCUGGAAUUUGACCCGGACGCUUCGUCCUCUUCCAAGGCGACUAAGUACAUGCCUAGUCACUUGACUGGCAUGUCAAGAACUGGCCGAACGGACUCAGUACCGGAGGCGAUGCUGAGUGAAUCGAAUGCCAACUAUGUGCUGAAUGACAUUCGCACAGACGACGAUAUUAUGCAGUGCAGGCUACUGCAGGAAGAAGUUGUACGUGGGAAAUUGUUGGCUAAAGGAGGCUACGGUGCAGUCUAUCUGGCCACGUUCCAGAACGAGAAGGUUGUGACCAAGCAAUUAUUACCUGAACGUGCACGUGACAAGCGCUGGUUGGGCAGCUUCAUGGACGAGAUUCGUCUCUGUUCGACGUUGGAUCACCCUAAAAUUGUUCACUUUAUCGGCGUAACUUGGAGCUCGAUGAUCGAUAUCUCUAUGGUCAUGGAGUACAUGCCACGUGGGGAUCUGAGUACCAUGUUACAACAGCAACUACAGCGCGAACUCCGCGAUGAAUACGCUCGAGAUGGCUACAGUUGGUUCCACUCGGUCGGUGAAGGACAAAACCUCAAGUGCAAGUCGCUUAUUGCACUCGAUAUCGCCGAAGCUUUAGUCUAUUUACAUUCGUUUGAAAGUCCGAUCAUCCACCGAGAUCUGAAGCCUAAGAAUGUGCUGCUGAGCGACACGUGGGAAGCCAAACUCACGGACUUUGGCAUCAGUCGGGAACUGGAUGAAGAUCAAACUAUGACAGCAGAGAUCGGCACAGUGUCCUGGAUCGCUCCAGAGGUGCUACGUGGCGAGCAUUACUCGGAAAAAGCCGACGUGUACUCCUUUGGCGUCAUUUUGACAGAGCUGGACACAUGUCGUCGGCCUUACUCGCAGGGUAUCCCAGGCGAGAGCAACCGUGGCGGCAACAACAAGACGUCGAACACUCGCAUUGCUGUGCUGGUUAGUGCUGGAACGUUGAGACCCGAAGUGCAUGUGGAUUGUCCUCGUAGUGUCCGUAACUUGGUGGACAAGUGCUUGGCGUUCGACCCGGAGGAUCGACCGUCGGCUCUUCAAAUUCACUACGAACUACGCAACUUGGAGCUGGGAGAAGAGGAGCUGUUGGCAUCGGCGAGACGCAUGACGCGGACGCAGUCAAAGAGCCUGGGGGCGAGUCAUUCAGCCCACCCAUUCCAAUCUUCGUAA